AUGAACGGUGAAAACCGCACAACAGCUCAACACCAACAGAAUGGUAAUGACGAUGAACCUGGAGAGUCCCUGGCUCUGAUUUCCAUUCUAGGCGACAACAGUGGCACCGCGGUUGCAAAAUUCUUUGAAUCCACCUGGCAAGAACAAUGCGCCUUAUUUCGAUGGGGCCGUCGAUGCAGUCUCCAAGCCAACAACAACAGCGCUGCCAGGCAGACUAAUGCCAAUACUACGAUUGGCGAACCAACAGAUUUUCAUGCCUCCAACUUUUGGAAUGACGACGCUGUGAGAAACAGUCCCUACGAAGAGCUAAUCGAUCAAGGGUGGAUCGCAUUGGUCCAACUUCUCGCCGAUGCCCCCAUACCUCCUUCCAAUCAUAACGACAAUACUGUCGAACACGUCAUUCAUGGAUCCACUCAACACACUGCUCCUCUACUAUUCAAAGACAAAGUCAGCGUCACAAAUGAUCUGGCCACUUCUUACAACAAUAAUCUCAUGACAGCAUACUUGGACGGAUGCUCGGUGGUUCUCAAUCACGCCGACUGGACUUCCCCGUGGAUUGCGGCUGUCUGCCAAGACUUGCAAAAGAGCUUCCCCCAUGUAUUCACAAAUGCAUACCUUACACCACCAGGAGCGCAGGCAGUACGAGCACAUGCCGAUGACAGGGAUGUAUUCAUCAUUCAGGUGGUCGGAAAGAAACAGUGGACCGUCUACCAAAAGGUACCUAUCCCAUACCCAUAUCCACAUGAACAAGUGGGAAAAGAGAGAUUGGAAGUGCCUCAGGAAGUUCUAGAAGGACCAAAAAUUAUUCAGACAACACUUCAGCCGGGAGAUGUCAUGUACAUGCCUCGCGGAUAUGUGCACGAGGCACUAACCCAUGAAGAUAGUUGCAGUUUCCACGUGACAAUCGCAUUGGCAACCCAUGACUGGACGUUGGCAGGUAUUUUAACCGCUGCCACAGAGUCAAUAUUACAUAGUGUGGUGGAUUACCGAAAGGCACUUCCCCGGACAAUUGGGGGCCAGAAUAUCAAACAGAUUCCAUUACACGACCAGGAACAAUUGCAACAGCAAAUUCAACAAGCCUUUCAGCGAGUGCAAGAGGAAGUCACAGUGGCAGCCAUUUCGGAGAGUCUUGGAAACAAGUUUCAUAGGCACAACCAUAGAGCAUUCUCGGUCAGAAUGAAAAGCAUGCACGCAAUGCGCUUUCCAUCAGAGUCGGCCCCGCCUCGAGUGAUUGUCGGCCCGAGGGCGGCAAGACUUGUUGCCCUGGAUAGCUUGGUUCGAGCUGCAACGCCAGAGGAAAAAGCUUCUGUCAUCGUGGACAAGCCCAGAGGGCUCCUGCCCAGAGAGGAAAUCGCAGGUGCCAUCGUUUUCAUCUUGAGAAAGAUAAAAGAAGCCGCAAACAGAGAAUUUGUCGUCAAGGAUUUGAGGUCAUUGCUACCGGAGAACGUCAGCAUUCCCAAUGUAGACAUGAUUUGUCCCUUGACACUAUUGAGCUUUGCCAGAGUUUGUGUCGAACAGGGUGCCAUCGCCCUAGUUUACAGAUGA